AUGGACACCGACGAUUAUGAGGCGAAGGUCAUGACAAUGCUGCAUGAUAACAAGACAUAUGAACAGCUGCAGACCAACCCUACCAACAAAUUUAAAAGACGCCUCAUUUCUAUACUGACUAGAUUAAAACAAGAGAGCAAAAUCACCGAAAGCCAGUAUAGAUAUCUGUAUCCCACAGCUGAAAAUACCCCGAGAAUAUACUGCACACCCAAGAUCCACAAGCAGGGGAACCCACUGAGGCCUAUUGUGGACUACACUGGAUCCAUUGGUUACAACGUUUCCAGGUCACUAGCAGACAUUCUUGAACCGCUAGUGGGGAAAUCGGAACAUCAUGUCAGGAAUUCUAAACAUCUAGCAGAAGCUAUGUCCACCAUCAUGAUCCAAGAGGAUGAACAAUUUAUUUCACAUGAUGUUGUUUCUCUGUUUACCAAUACUCCCAUUGAUGAUGCACUGAAAAUCAUUCAAAAACGCUUAGAGUCAGACAGAUCCUGGCGUAAAAACACAAACCUCCAUAUCAAGGACAUCAUGGAUCUGCUAGAAUUUGUACUAACCACAACAUAUUUCACAUUCCGAGGCAACAUCUACCAGCAACGCUUUGGAACUGCUAUGGGGAGUCCAGUGUCGCCUAUUGUCGCCAAUCUGUUCAUGGAACAUCUAGAACAACAAGCAAUAGCCACUGCCCCCAUAGAUUGCAAGCCAAGCCUAUGGAAACGAUAUGUCGAUGACAUUUUAGAAAUAAUCAAGAAGGGAUCACAGAAAGAUCUAACUAACCACAUGAACACUAUUGACACCACUAACAACAUUAAGUUUACAUGUGAGGAAGAAACCAAUUGCGGAAUGCCCUUCCUAGACACACUUAUAGCCAGAAGAGAAGACGGAACAGUGAAGUCAUUGGUCUUCAGGAAAAAGACCCACACAGGCCAAUACCUCAACUUUAAAUCCCACCACCCUUUACAUCAGAAGUUAGGGGUCGUACGCACGUUGCUCAAUCGAUGUGAGACCAUAGUCACAGAACAACAGGACAAAAUUCAAGAGCAGAGCCACAUCAUGAAAGCAAUGAAAAAUUGUGAAUAUCCGGAAUGGGCCCUUAACCGGGUACAAAAACAGUGUCAAAAUAAAGAAAAAGACAGAAAAAGACCUAUGAAAGAUCAAAACAAAACAAAAAUCCAGGUUGUCAUCCCAUAUAUAAAGGGUAAAUCUGAAACCAUCCAAAGGAUAUACCGCAACCAUGGCAUAGCAACAGCCAUGAAGCCCCACAAGACGCUUCGAAAUAUCCUAGUCCACCCUAAGGAUAAGAUAACCAAAGAGAAUGUCGCAGAAUGCAUAUACAAGAUCGGGUGCAAAAACUGUGACGCGUCAUAUAUUGGAGAGACUGGAAGGCGAUUCGGGGUUCGCCUUGGGGAGCACCGGAAAGACACCGAAAGACAAGAGGAAAAGAAGUUCACCCGAUCAGAGAGGAAGCAGUCGGAGUCCCAGAUAAACAAAUCGGCAAUCACUGACCAUGCCAUGCAGGAAAACCAUGUGAUUGACUGGGAAAACUCAAAGGUGCUCGAUAGGGAGAACCAUCUUCUGAAGCGACAGAUCAAAGAAGCCAUCUGGAUACGCCGCAGCGGGGCAGUUCUGAACCGAGAUGAGGGGGCUCAUAGACUCUCGCACAUCUAUGACCAAGUAAUAAAAUAA